AUGGAUAAUUUACUGUCUCCUCCACCAAGAUCACCAACUUUAAUUUUAGAAGGUAAUACGAGGAAUAUAUUUAAGGAGUUGGCAAAAGAUAAUAAUGGACAAUCAUGUCACAUGACAAUGGCAUCAAUCGAUGAGUCGAUGUUUGUAAAUCGAUGUUUCGAAGGUGAUCUCGUUAUAGAUUUUGGUGAAGUCUCGAGUGAACAGCGUAUUUCAAUCAACCGUACAAUAGAGUCAAUCAAAGAGGUAGCAGAUAGCUUCGAUCGAGUCGAUAGUGUAAAGUCGCGAUCCUAUCUAGAUGAUUUCCAUAGGCAGCGGUUGUUCGCUGAUAUGUUACCACACUUGAUAGCUGCUAGCAUGUUCAGUGCGUUUCAAAUCGAACAAAUCAGAAUUCAUCCAUUGUCGUUAGGUCAAAUAGUUUGUCGGAAAUACCAUAUUGCCGAUGAUCUCUCGAUAUAUAAACUGGCGGAUGUUCCAACGAUGAUCGCCAAUAACUUUACAAAACAAUCACUCUCUCUCUUGGGAGAUCUAAUGAUGCAUCGUCAUCUUGACUCUAUUCUUAGUCUUGGAGAGUAUUCACAAUUCGAUAGAAAUGGUUUUAUCUUUAAGGCAAUAAGAAAGUUUCUAAAUAAAUCAGAUACAUUGACUACUAAUAGAGAUAGAUAUCAAAGGUCUUAUUAUUCAGUGAAUUUAGCAAGAUAUUUGAAGAACAAUGAACUAGAGAUUUUAGUUAUGGAGAUGGUGUACACAAAUCAAUUUAGAACUAAAAGAUAUAUUUAUGGUAAAGAACAUUUAUCUGUGAAUGAUAUCUUCAAUUUCAAAAAAGGUGAUGAGGCUAAACAUAGGUUUAAUGAGCUCUAUAAGGAAUUGACCAACAGAGAAUAUAAACAGAAUGACUUAUUCCCACCAGGUGACAGUGAUGAGUUCUUUGGUCACUUUGAAUCCAUAAUUGAAAAGAGAUAUCACAUUCCAUCGAUGAAACAAAUAUGUUACUCUGUAUUAUCUGAAAUGUUUUUAAUGUAUGUAGUUAAUCUCUAUAUGUAUAUCGAAUCAAUGUUUAGUAGACAUAGAUGGUUCCGUCGGUCAGUCAUUUUCAGCAUUCCACAAAGUUUAACUAGACCACCAUAUGACGCCAAUCUCUUGUUCAACGUCUAUGAGAGUCGUCAUCUCUUCAAACCAAAACAACUACCCGAAGCUAACUUGUUGUUCUCUCAAAAGGUUUCAACAAAUCCACUCGUUCUCCAAGACAAACAGACAUUCCUUGAUAACUUUAAGAAGAAUACCGAUGGAUUCUUUGAAGUAUUGGGAUUUAAGAAUAUGGUUAUCAUUGGUGGAGUUAUGACAAGUUCUCUCACAGGUGAAACAGUUGGAUUCGAAUCAUCGGAUAUCGAUGUUUGUUUCUAUGGUUUAUCAGCAACUGAAGUCACUGAAAAGAUUAGAGAGAUUGUCAAACGUAUCAAUGCAAACUACACCGGUCACAGUAUUACCUAUAGUGAGAAUGAACUUACAUUCUGCCGUCACUAUCCUUAUCGACACAUUCAAUUCAAUUGUUCGGUAUUCAAUGAUAUUCAAGAUGUUUUGUUGGGUGUCGAUAUUGAAGCAUCUUGUUUCGCAUUUGAUGGCACCAGCGUCUGGACAACUCAGCGCGGUAUCGAAUCAUUCAACUAUCGCGCCAAUUUCGCUACUUCCUAUGGACAUGUUAUUCGUGGUGACCAGAUCUACCAACGUCGUCUUCUCAAAGUCGGUGGACUUCCCUAUGGACCGAACUUCAACAAAGUUAAUUUCGAUAUUAGAGUUACCAACAACUAUAAUAACAACUACGAUGGUUACAAUUCUAGUGAUUGGCCAUCUAUUCUGAAGGAUAUCAAAGACCUCGAUUAUGUCAUGCCGAGUAAAAACAUUUUAACAAACACAGGAUUACCAUUCGAUCAUUUCUUGUUGAUUGAUAAAGAUGAUCAAUUUCACUCUGAUACUGAUGAUUACGAAGAUGAUGAAUAA